AUGCAGCCCAUUUACCUCCUCCUCUUGGCUCUGGCCACCGCCAUCUCGGCACAGACAACAACCGUCCAAGUGUUCAACGCGGGCGAAACAACUAUUCCCCUAUCCGGAGUCGAAGCCAGUGUCGUCGGCGCUAAUGCCAUCGCGACAACGUUCGCGAUGCAAUGUAAAGACAACGCACCCACAUCCCUCUGCGACCUCGAUGACCCCGUCACCAUCACCGCUGGUCCUUCCACUAUGACCUUUUCCGCCGUCUACACAACCAAGACCCUCGGUGUUAAUGUUAAACUCACUUUGAUGAAUGACUGCGAUGUCACUUCCUCGACUGCGGCGUCUUGCUCUGGCUCUGCGGGAAUUUACGGUUCCACGCUGGGGGUUUCUCGUUCCAGCUCGACGACUUGGAAGACCUCAUAUAGCUCGGAUGAUAUUUAUUAUCAGCCGUUGACGGUUACGGCAGGAGUGGAUAAGUUGAAUGCCCCUCAGGCUACGCAGACGCCUGAUGCUGCUGCCGCUGGACAUGUUGGGGUUGGAGGAGCGGCGGCCGCUGCGGUUGCUGCUGCUGCGUACGGUUUUAUUUAG